AUAUUAUACAUAACGUAAAUAACAUAAAACUGUUAUAAAUAUAUCUUUAUGUUUGUCCAAAUUUUUAUAAACAACGUUUUAAAAAGCGUCAUAUUUGAACACUUAAACGGAUAAACGAAACGCCUUUUCAUUGGCCGCGAGAUCUAUGACGUCACCGCGACAAUAGCUCCGAGUUGCUCCUAGUCGACAGCUAGCAGUAAGAGAAACAGUCUGGCAUUAAAUAAUAUUGUUUUAAUUAAUAAAUAAGAUAUUAAGGUUAAAAAAAUGGUUGAUUCGGAUUUUGUGAAAGGUAAUUCGAAUAAUUUGCCAAAAGUGGAUAUGUUUAUGGUUUGCGAAUAUGUGAAAAACAGUGAUGACUUUAACGCUGCUGAGUUCCGCAAUGCAAAAGUUAACAUUUCUUCUCGGCAAAACUAUGGAGAUUCCGCAAUAGGUUAUGUUUGUCUAAAAAGAGAAAAUACUAUUUGCACUGUUAAAGCCAAAGUUUGCCCUGAACACAGAGUUCGAAAUAAAGCGUAUUCUGUAACUUUAACAGUAAAUGAAGAAACUGAAUCGAUAAUUAAUGUAGAAUGUCAUGACUGUGCUGCUUCAAGUGGUGGUUGCAAGCAUGCAAUAGCUUUUUUGAUGUGGACUCAUAGACGUUCUGAAGAGCCAUCUCCUACAGAUGUACAAUGUUAUUGGAAAAAACCUGUAUUAGCAAAAGUUGGAACAGCGAAACAAUUUAUUGAAGCAAAAGAUUUGUUAAAGACAUCUACUUCUGUAGAGCCAGGAAAUAUAUCAUCUGAUGAGCAUCCUUCUUUUCUGCAAACUAUCCUCCACAUCGCUAAAACGAAAAACUUAGAUAGCCAGCUGUCAAGGCACCACUAUGUUACAUCCGAAAGACAUAUAACUUUAAUAUCAUUACAUUUCCUAAUGAUUGAUUUUGUAAAAGAACGAAAAUCUUUAGCAGAUGAAUUUAUGUUAUUUGCUCAAUCACGAAUGUCAGAAGCUAUUUGUGAGGAAGUGAACAGACGUACCAUAGACCAAAGUGACAAUUCAUUGUGGUACGAAUUACGAUAUGGACGUAUAACAGCUUCAAAGUUAUAUGAAUGUGCUCAUUGCCAGACACCAGAUGGUACACUUGUCAAUGGAAUUAUCGGAGCAUCUAAGCUAUUUUAUUCGGCACAGAUGGAAAGAGGAAAACGCUUAGAAAAUGAAGUUUUACAUGUAUUACAAAACAAAACAGGACUGGAAUGUUACAAAUGUGGCCUUUUAUUAUCACCAAUGUUUCCGGUUCUUGGAGCCUCUCCUGAUGCAAUUGGAGAUAAUUUCAUUGUAGAAAUCAAAUGUCCAAGCUCGGAUAAAACUUUUAAAAAAUUCUUACCAAGUGAAGAUACCAUCAGCCAAAAAUGUAAAGCCCAAAUGCAAUUACAAAUGUUUAUGGCAAAAAGAAAAAAGGGUUUAUUUUGUGUCGCACAUCCAGACUUUGAAAGUAGUAAAAAUAUUACUUGUUUAUGGAUGGAUUUUGAUGAAAAAUAUACUGCGUCGAUUAUUGAGGAAGUCAUAUUAUUUUGGAAAAAUCACAUUUUUCCUAAACUCUUACAUUUUAUUAUAAAAUAAUAUUUUA